UCACAACUAUAAACUUCGAUUUUAUCUUUGCUUAUGUACAAAUCUUUAAAUUGGAGUUUCGUUCUUUUGAAGACAUUUAAAAAUUAUAUAAGCUGACUGAAUUAAGGCAUGUCUUUAAUCAAUUGCAAAGAAGACAGUACGAAGACCGAUAUACUAAUGGAGGAGGGUGACAGCAGUUUAGAACCCGGUGAAGUGAAAACCCCUCCACAUGGCUCUGAGUCAAUGAAACCAAAUUUGUCUGAGGAAAAAAAUAUCAAAUGUAGUACACCCCAAUAUUUACCCCUCGUGAAAUCAGCCUCUAAGAAAGAGACUGACAAAUGUGCAGAGAAAGUACGUGCUAUACUGGAACUAGAUGCAAUUAAAAGGAAGGAAGAACUAGAACGUAGGAAAGAACAAAAGUCGGAGUUCUUAUCACUCCAAGGUAAAAAUAAGAAAAAGGAGCAAAAGAGACAAAAAAAUACUAAAGAAGAAAUCAAGAUUGAAGCCUGCGUAGAUCAUAUACCUGAUAGGAAUCAAGAGGAUUCUAUAAAAAAUCUCAAACAUAAGAAAAACAUCCAUGAAGAUCAUAUAAAUUCUACUCGACAUAUUACAGAGUCAUUCGAAAGUAUGCGAUCCCUUAGUAGUGCGGUUUCAAUGCCACUGUUGCCACCAUUGGAUUUUGUUACACCUACAACUAAUGUAGCGUCAAAUUUUUCUCGUGGAUUUACAGGAAUAAAUAAUACUUCUAGUUAUCGCUCAUAUAACCCAUUUGUGAGGACUUAUCGUGCUGAUUUCCGACAUAGAGGAGAGGAUUUCCACAAACACAACCGUACACGUUUCCCACGAUACCGUUCACAAUAUAAUUCAGGGGUUUUUAACACACCAUCGGAGGAGUCUUGCCAUUCAGUACUUCAACCCGGUAUACUUUAUUCACAGUUACUGUGGACCAAAACCAAACCUUCUAUAUCUUAUGCAUACAAAAUACAUGAUAGGCAUUCUUUUAAAAAUAGUGAGAAAACAUCGGAUAUAAAUAUUUCGAAAAAGAAAAAGAGCAAGAAGUCAAAAGAGCGGGAGGAAAGUAAAAAAACCCAGUUAAGUCCAAAAAGCAGACGAAAAUCGAGUAAAAGAAAGAAAAUUAGAAAAAUUCGAGAGGCAUUACAAUUACAACCGUUAAAAAAUUCGAUACUUGCAAAUGACGAAGUUUCUUCAAUGACAAUUGAUAAUUCAGAGAGUAUUAGUAGCGCAAGUACGGAAAAUUCACUAACAAACGUCAGCAAUGAAAAGCCAAUUGCGGAUAGUGUAGUCCCAAGUUCUACCAACGCUUCGAGUAGAAUUAUCAACACGUCGAAACCUCAAAUUUUGGAUAUGUUUGCAAGUUUGACUCCACCAAAGCAAGAAUUACCGCCUAUCGAUGGGAAAAGUACUUCGAACUCAAUAUCGAACGUUCAGAUAACAAACAAACUUCAAGAAAUUCAAGAUCGAAUAGGCAGACUACUUGAUGAUGAUGAACUAAAACUUGAAGUCAUACAAGCAACUAAGGAAAAACUAUUAAAAAAAUCUCGUGAGCAUAUAGGAAUUGGUCAUUCUAAGAAACCUUCAACAAAGAAAUGCCCGAGCUUAAACUUGCCGAUUGAUAGCAUAUCACCUAAUCGUUCAAAAUCAGAAGACAAACUACCCGGAAAACUUUCAAAGAAACGUAUUAACGAGACGGAAUUUGCACAUAGAUCCCUUACCGAAACUAAAUUAAAAGGAAAAUCUUUCGAUAUCUUCGGAGCAGCAAAGGAUGAUGUAGAGAAGAAUACAAGAGGUGAUAGAGAUUCUACUCUGGACGACAAAAGCAUUUCUGUCAAUCUUAAUUCAUUAAAUUUUAAACAAAAACCAAUUGAAAACACACACUUUGUAAAAAUAGUAUCUGACAAACUUGGAAAUUCUUUAAAAGAUUCUCCUUGUGUGCUUUCGAAAUCUGUAACGUGUACUAACAACGGCAGUCCAGACACAGAUGACUAUUCGGAUAAUUGGGAGAAUGAUGAUGACGAAAUGGAUUUGAACUCAGUUUUCUCAAAUAUAAAUCAGCGAACUUCUAAAAAUGUCACAAAUAUCGACAUCGAAAGUCCUUCUUCAAGUAUUAUGGAUAGUGCAGAAUCAGAUUCCAAUUCAAAAAUCCAAAGUACAACUCCAAAAAAUUCACCACCCCUUCAAUUAUGCAGUUCACCGAAAUUCAGAUACGAUUCCAAAAAAAUACAAAGGCCAAAUAUAGUUUGUCAGGAAACAAACGAUAUGCAAUUAUUAUAUAAUCAAUUUAUGAAAAGUGUCGAAAAUGCUGAUAUUGAAAGCGAUCUGAAGCCAAAUGAAAAGGUGUCAAUCAGUAAGAGUAAUAAGGAGAAAGAAAGCGAACAAUUAUCGACAUCAUCCACUUCUUAUUCGUCCUCUUCCUCCUCAUCAUCUGAUUCCUCAGUCUCAUCCUCGGGAUCAUCUAGUACUACGAGCUCAAGUGAUUCGGCAUCUGAGGAUAGUAAUGAUACGGAUAUUAUAAAAAACAAUGAUUCAAAUGCAGCAUGCAAUACUGAAAAAGCAAUCGGAAAAGUCUCCAAACGUCGCUCAUCAGAUGAUGGAGAAAAAGCGAAGUCGCUAACCGCCACAAAAGAUGAUUCGAAGCCAAAUGUUGUCAGGGACCUAAAAAAAUUAGAAAAUCUAGAAGCAAACUUAUUACGAAUACAAAUGAUGCGCGCUAAUUAUGAUUCAGCUGAUGAAAUAAGUGAUGAAUUAAUGAAAAUGGAGAAACUUUUCUUACACGAGAAAAAUAUUAUUUUAAAUAAAUUUAUGGACUCUUCAGCAAAUAAUUCAGUGAAGAUUGAAAAAGAAAGUCACAGCGAUUUGGAUACCAACAGCCAACCAACGGUGGACUCAAUACAAUCAGCUACAUUCGCGCGGGGACAGUUCGUGCAAUCUUUGCAAAAAUUGCCAAACAAGGACGGUAUACCCGAAGUCUCAAAUAUAUUUAGCACAAAUCGAGAAGUAAUUAAAUUGACUAUAUCUCCUGUGAAGUUGCCUAAAACUUCUGCUGUAUUUGAAGUGGAUAAUGAUAUAGAUAAUUCAAAACAAGCAAUAGACCCUCCUGAAAAAAGUAACCCUACAGUAAAACUACCAAAGCCCGUUAAAGAAGUUGCAAUAGUCAAGCCUAUAAUGGAAACUAAGGAGUCAACAUCUGCUCAUCAUCAAAAACGUCGUCGAUCACCAAUAAUAUCUCACCAUACUCUCCACUCAAGGUCUCGUUCGCGGCGAGGACGAGUGCGUUCGCUGUCAGUGAGUCCCUCUAGAAAUAGUAGUGGACGCUGCAUAUCGCCUCAAAGACGUAGUGGUUUUUCAAAGCCAACACGCUACCGUAAUUUCGAACGUCGAAGCCGGAGUCGUAGUCCCAGUUUUAGCCGGCAAAUUAGUCGGCGUUCCGGUGAUAUCAGCCCAAUUCCUAGAAAACGUCGAUCGCUUUUAAAUAUUGACGACCGAUUCCGAAAGCAUUCACCCAGAAGGGAUUCUCGCUCACAUUCUCGAUCUCCAUGUUCUCCUCCUAAUCGCCAUCGUGGUGGUCGAUAUUCACGUUCGCCUUUGCCUUUCAAACCGCCUUCACCACCCACAGACCCGAAUUUAUCUCCAACUGGUUCACGUCGUGGCAGCUUAUCUCCAGAACGACGGUCCCGUUCUAUCUCCCGUUCACCGAGUAAUAGAACUACAUCACCGUCUGAAAAAUCUUACAAUAGUAACAGACAUCGAUCGUUAUCACCAAAACAUCAGCUUUAUAAACAAAAUCAGCCCCACCAUAGUAGCACAUCAUAUUACUUCAAUCACUCGCCGAAUAGAAUAUCUUUGGAUGCCCGUAUAAAUAUCGUGCUCAAUGGACCGUCUUCUGGUAACAAUGAAAAUAAUAAUAGCAUCCCAGCAUACGAAGAUUACAGUCAUUAUGGUCAGUAUGGGCCAGCAGCUUAUAUGGCUAUACCAGGCGACUCAAAUAGCUUUUACACAAACCAGUACGUUCAUAUUACAAAUUCUGGAGCUAAUGGUCCGCCUGCCCAUGCUAUUCAACAAUCAUACCCAAACCUUAGACCUGUUGGUACAGAUGAAUCGGAGCUAUUUUCAUCAAUACAACAGCACGUGAACGUAAAUACAUCCAACUUUUACUAUAAUCGUUUUGGUACACAACCUUUUGGAUAUAAUCAACCGUCACCAUUACUAAAGGAGCUACCCAAAGCAACAGUAGCAGUGCAAAAGGGAAAUGUACUUGAAAUCGUUCCAUGUAGUGACUUGCAAACAGGUAACGUCGCAAAUAAUACACAAACCGACAACGAAACCCGAAUUAAAAAAGAUAGUUCCAAUGAAGAGGUUAUAGAAGAGAACUCCGGUCCUAACGGGGAGAAAAACAAACGCAGUAUUUUGAAGGCAUUGGAUGGGGAAACAAAUUCAUUGCGUAGCGUCUUUGUGAGUGCACCGAAGAAAAAACAAGUGAAUUUCGAAGAUGGAGUCUUUCCAAAUCACAAUAGUGACGAAGAAGACCGUAAGGUGAUAGAAGCGAAAAUACGAGUGAAGAUGCGCAGGUUGAAAAAGAAACAUGGGAUGACACCCUCAUGUCAUAAUUUGUUUGAAAAUAAAGUCCGUAAGGAAAAGCAUAAAGGAAACUCCAAUAAAAAGGACCAACAACCACCGCCACCACCACAUGGUUUUCCAUCUCCGAGCCUGGAGCAACCAAUUUAUUUGCGAACUCAUACACCAACACCUCUUUUAUACUUUCACUUCGAUGGUGUUGUUCAUUCAAUGUAUGUAUCACAAAUGGAAAGACCAAUACCUCCACGACUUCUUAAUCCAAAGUGUUUAACAUCAAGUAGUAUUGGCAUAGUUACUCAUCAUGCUGAUUCACAAUCUCCACUUUACAUGCAAUCACCAAUUACCGCGGUAGCACCACAUUCGCAUACAAGUAAAAAAGAUGUCCUUGCAACAUUCACCCGCCCAAAUCGAAAUGAAAAUCUUUCACCAAAAGUAAUUUCUUCAACUUCAACACUGCAACAAACUGGAAGCCCGAAAAUAAAUCUUAAAAUUUAUUCGCCAAUUGAAAAUGGGAAUCACACAGAAAUUAGUAAUGUCACAUUGCCGAGUACAUCGCCCAAUAGCAUUAAGGGUAACACCAUUCAUACAAUCUCAUCUGGGCCGAUAGCAAAUCAUUUAUUACCAAAGCGGGAAGAUUCUCCAAAAGCCGCUGUUAGUACACGUACAAAUAUUUCAAUGGGAUUAUUACCAGCACCAAUAACUCACCCUCCUAUGUCGCAAAAUACACCAAUCCCAUCACACACCCGUAUUCCAGUUAUAGGUGUACCACCAACAGUAGUCCCUAAGGUAAUGUCGGCUGCAUCAGAACCAUAUAUGCCAGGAUUUCCACCUACAAUGCUACAAAAUCCACAUCCACAUCAUUCACUUAAUCAAAAUUACACGGUGUCCCCAUCUAUAGCCCAAACAAGUAACCCACAUAUGACAGUUGGGGUGCAACCAUAUUUUAAUCCCCCGAUUCAUCGAAUGCAUCGACCUUUACCAAAUUAUAUGGGUCAGCAGAAUCAACCAAGUCCCUCCUCGUCGAACUUGCCUAUCUGUCACUUGGUAGAUCCCGUACAAACUGCUAAUUCCGAUUUGGAUAAAUUUACUAGCCCACAAACUAUGGCGAUUCCAUUCAAUUUUAAAGGACCAUAAAUGAGCUGGAAUUUGACAUUUUAUAAAUUUAAGUAUAGAAUAGACAUAGUAUUUGUAAACUAAAAGGGAUUAGCCGUAAAUUGUUUUUUUUUUUUUUAUUUUUAUUAAAAUCAAAUAUGUUUUAUUACUUGAAUCGCCUUAAACAGAAAAAUACAUAGAAAAUAUGAAUCAGUUGUCGACUAAGGCUCCAUUUGUGUACGUACCUAUAUACAUUUGUGUAUAUAUUUAUAAUCAUAACAACAUCCACAUUUGUGUAAUAAUAUAUGUAUGAAUAUAGAAUAUUUUAAAGCUUAGCAAAAGCAUUGGUGAAGUUAAAUACUAUAUGCAUAAAACCAUCGAAUUACAAAUAUGAAAUUAAUUCAUAUAUACAUAAUUUUUCAUUUGAUAAUAAAAAUAGUUGUAAGUGGAUUGAAUAUUUCUCGCAGAUGUACCACAAGUUGAAGAAAGAAACAUUAUCUUUGUAACUGGCAACCGAUUUGUAAUUGUCGAUUUGACUGGCCAGUUCUGUAACUCGUUCUUGAGUAGGAGGAUAACUUCAAUUUGCUCGCUUGAAAUCGUCAUUUGGGUAGGAAUUCUCCUAACUCUAUGUUCUGUAUUAACUACUAAGUUAUCAUCUACAUACCGAUAGCCAAUAAAGUCUGCGUUCACCCGACACAUUUUUUUAAGUGAAGUAAAAACACAA